UCAGCUGGUCGUCACAGAAAUUGCAUUUUGCAUUAUAAUACGGGAGAAAUUUUCGACAAAAGCUCUGCCCACUAAGGGUUAAAAGCUAACAAUACAAGACACACACACACAGACAGACACGCGCAGAGCGCCGCGUCGCCAUGGAGUCUGCGGAUCUGCUGAUGGAGGAGCAAAAGCUCAUGGCCGAGGCCAAGUACAGACAAUACAUGACCAAUAUUGACAAAGCACUGCGUAAUUUCGAGUACUCCAGUGAGUGGGCGGAUCUCAUCUCAGCAUUGGGCAAACUCAGCAAGGCUAUAUCAAGUAACUCACAGUACCAGGUUAUACCCAGACGCUUGAAGAUAGCCAAGCGUCUGGCACAAUGCAUGCAUCCAGCUCUGCCCAGCGGCGUGCACUUGAAGGCGCUAGAAACCUACAGCGUUAUAUUCAGCAAAACGGGACCAGAGCGUCUAGCUACAGAGUUUAUCUAUGGCGCUGGUCUGUUUCCUUUACUGGGCUAUGCAGCCAUGAAUGUGCGUCCUGCGCUGCUCACCAUAUACGAAACUUACUUUGUGCCGCUGGGCGACAAACUGCGUCCAGCGCUGAGUGGCUUUCUAAGCGGCGUGCUGCCCGGUUAUGACUGCGGACUGGAUCACUUUGAGCGCAUAAGCGCGCUGCUGAAGAACGUUUGUCAUGCCGUCAAUCCCAUGCACUUCUAUACGGUGCUGUGGGAGUCUGUAGCCAACAACGCUGCCAUACGCCUGCCCGCUAUCACUUUUCUGCUGGAGCACUACAACAAGCGGCUGGACAUGCAGCAGCAGGUGUACAUAAUGGGACACAAUCGUGAAAUAAUGAUGACUGCGCUCUGCGCCUGCCUCAAUGAUGCGCUCAUAUUGGUGCAGCGCAAUACGCUGGAGUUUUUGCUGCUGGGCUUUCCCAUGCAUACACAGCUGCUGGAUGUGGUGCAGCUGGUGCUGCUGGUCACAAACGGUUUGAAUACCAUACUACGACGUGAUAUGUCGCUCAAUAGACGUUUGUUCAGCUGGCUGCUGGCCAGCGAGGUAACCAAGAACUCACCCAACUACGAUACGCUCUCGCUGGACUCAACGCUGCCCGAGGAGCAGCAGCAGGCGGAAACCUACUUUGUGACACACUCCAGACCCAUUUUGAUACGCGCCUUGGUGAACACGCUGCGCUUGAGCUUGGAAUGCCAGCCCAUGGACUUGAAGCCAUAUCGCAUUAUGCUGUCGCUGCUGGACAAGGCGGAAAUUGGCAGCGGUGUAUUGGAUUUUGUGCUGCACGACAUUAUACGCACCAUGUACAUUUCCAGCGGCAAUGCGGACGCCUUGAAGUCCGCCAAUUUGCUAUUUGCUACCUUUGAUCCCGCUUAUAUAUGGAGCUACAUGACCAACAUGUUUGAGCGCGCCUGUCAGCAAGCGCCCAGCGCCACUGCCAACUCUGCCGCCUGCAGCACUGCAGACAACAAAUUCAACAGCCAAGUGGGCAGCGGUGAUCCUUGCGUGCUGGAAAUUUGCGUCCUGACCGAAUUUCUGCUGGAAACCAUUUCACUGGAGAUGUAUACAGAAACUACGCGCGUGUAUUUGCCCAAAGUAUUUUUAGCCAUUACGCAGCUGCUCUCGCUGCAUAUGGAGCAGCUAAGCAGCGAUGAAAUCACCGCAUCGCUAAAGCUUUGCAUGAAGAUUGUUUCACGUGUGCAGCCCAUGAUAACAAGUCCUAUAAAGCUUAACAAGCUUAUUGAGCAUUCGGCUGUGCAGGCGGAUGAGCUGCUGCCCGCCAAUAGAAGCAGCGACUGCAAUACAACAGGCAAUGCGCUGGAGAAAAGCAAAUCCGAUUCGCGUUUGAAUCAGUUUGGGGAGCAGCACAAUGAACCGAAUGAUGAGGAGCUCAUCAGACGCUCCGCCUCCAAUCAAAGUGUAGUGCGUUAUAGUCCCAAAAAGAAAGCAAAAUCGUUUAGCAAGCUGUCCGAACUAGACAAAGAUAUUAGCGCCUCGGACACUGGACAACAGUCCAGCUCGGACUUGGAUACGCCGCGCAGCAUUAAGAAAAUCAAGGCAAAGGCUAAGGUGCCCUUCAUACGCAGCAGCCCUAAGAAACAUCGCCCCAAGGACAUACAGCUGGCGCCCAAUACAAUGGCGCACAGUCCGGAGCCUGAGGAGCAGCCACCAAAGAGCGCACCGCCGGAGCCUAGCACACAGUUUCAGCUGGAAGAUGAACUAACCAAGGCCACCACACAACGUGGAUUUUCUAUACUAGAGAAAUGCAUACGACAAUAUGAAAUCUUCUUUGAGGUUUAUUUGGCGCGUCAGCUGCUGCAGCUGGAGCUGAACAAUAACAACAAAUGCAGCGUCAAGGUGCAGCUGGAGCGCAGCAGCAGUCACAACAGCAGUCUGUUCAUGGCCGAGCAGGUGCUGGAGCAUCAGUGUGCACAGCGAGAAGCGCAAAUCGAGCGACUGUUUGGGCUGCUACGCGUGGACAUUGUGCCGCGCUCCAAGCAGCUGCUGCGUUUGCUUAAUCUCAGUUUGCCGCUUAGCGCUAGCGAGCUGAGCAGCGACAGCGAUGCCUCCGAUGAGCCGCAACAGCAGCCGGCGAUUGAUGCUCAAACGCAACGCAUUGUGCAGCAGCUGGCCGAGCUGCAGUUGAACGCUGGACUGCGUGGCGCCAUCAAGUUGGCGGCCACGCUGCUGGUUGAGAUGUCAACGUUUCCUAAUUGCAAUAAGCACAUUGUGCUGGACAAGAGUGAGCCCGAGCUGCCCAACUGGUUGAAGGUGCUUUGCCUGGUUGCCUGCUUCGCGCAGAAUGACAAGGAGCUGCAGGUUUCAGCUAUUACAACGCUGUUCGAUCUUAUUAGCCUGCUGCGCUCACAGAUUGAGCACACCACAAGUCCUGGCGUCACUUUUGUGGUAAUGCUGCCGCUGCUUAAGUUUGGACAUGUUAAUUAUUUGGAGCAGCGCACGCGCGUGUUUCAGCUGGUGAGCUCCAUACUGUGGGAUUAUUUGGGCGCUGCGGAUACGGACGAUGCGCAGGUGGCGGCGCUGCUGCAUCAGCUGCACAGCUGCCUGGAGAGCGGACUGGUGGAGACUGUUAUAGGCAAUCGCAUGUAUGCGCAGCAGCAGCUGCUGCAGCCCAAUGGGCAGCCGGGCAGUGGCUACGCGCUGCGCAGUUAUCAGCUGGAGCGGCACGCAGAGACGCAGCUGCUCUGCGCUUUGGCCAAUACGGAGCGACUGCGCGAGAGUCAGGCGCGCAGCUAUAAGAAGUUUGCGCUGCUGUGGCAUUUGGGACGUGAGAAGCAAAUGUCGCGUGGCUUUGAGAAGACGCUGCUCAAGGUGUUGGAUACGCUGGCGUUGCCGCAAUACAUGUCAGAGCGCACAUUCGUUACCAACUGGCUGCAGGCAGCGCUGCUGCGUGGCGAUUUGGCCAGGCUUACCAAGCCGUUGUAUAAAAUAUUGCUGGCCGCCAGCUCCAAGCGCGUGGGCAUUGUGCACAUGCAGCAGCAACUUUACCGCGAGGCAGCCGAGGCGGCGGAUGAGGAGCAGCAAGGAGCAACGCUGGCGCCCAGUUUUGAGCGUGAUGUUUAUGCUAUAAGCUCGGAGCAGGGCAAUGUUAAGUAUCAUCAUAUGGAGAGCAAUGCUGCGGGCGCCACAACUGUAACCAGUGGCAAGAAGAAGAGCCCCAUACGUCAUUUGCCCAAGAAAAUCUUUGGCGUUACGCUGAGCAAAGCCAACAAGACUGCAAAUUUCUUGAGCGACAAAACGCAGCUGGCUAGCGAAGCUUUGCAGGAUGUCAGCACCAUAGGUUUGAUUAUAAAUCCACUGGAGAAUGCGCAUGAUUUCGAUGAUGAAACGGAUUUGGAAGAGCCCAGGCUGGAGCUGAAGGACACGCCGCAAACGCCGCUGGAGCAAAAGUUAGCCAGCGCUAUGGAUGAGUGCGCGACGCCAGUUGAGCCAGAGCUGGAGCAGGAUCUAACAGACAAUUCGCAGAGCAGCGACUUUGAAUCGGAUUCAGAGCAGCGUGAGCUAAGCUUGGACAAGGAGGACAGCUUGACCAUAAGCUCAAGCGCGCAAGAUGAUGUCAAACGCUUUGUGGGCGACUGUGAGCGUGUUACCGAAGCGCUGACGCAGCAUGAGAAGAUUAAGAGUCGCAAAACCUACAGACUAACGCGCGAGAAGACGCCCGCGCCUGGUGAGUCCAGCGAGGAGCAGCCCGCAGAGCAGGAGCAUUGUCAGCCGGCUGAAGAGUAUUUCAGCAAGCCCAAGAGCAAGUCAAAGUCGGGACAGUUGAGCAGCAGCGAAAAGAAACGGCUAAGCUGCAUAUCAAAAACAAGCACAGACAGUCAGCAGAGUCAGCAGGCAGAGCAGGAGUGCCAGGAGGAGCAAGUCACAAGUGAGCAGCCAGCAGAGUUAGAGCUGGAGACUAUCAAUGUGGAGGACAAGCGACGUCAGCUGAGUUUAGAGACCAGCAGCUGGGCGAAAACAUUGGAGAAAAGCAAACAAAAUGUAGAAAUUUUGCGACAAAACGCAGCCGUCGCUGCUGCAGAGCAAGAGCAGCAAAGUUUGCGCUGCUCGCUCAAGAGCAACAGCUCGCUAAGCAAACAGCUGCCCAACAAUGAAGCGGGUCAGCUGUAUCACAAUCAUUUGCUGCUCUAUUUGGGCAUCUAUGACACUAGACAAACGCUAUAUGCGCUGCAAACUUUGCGCAACAUGCUCUGCUGCGAUCGACGCACAUUUCUGUGUCUUUGCAUUACCACGAGCCUGAGCAGCGGCAGCCUGAAGCAGCUGCUCAUACGGCAUAGGAAAAGCAUUUCUGGCAAAGGAUUUGCUGGCAGCGUAAGCAACUCGGAGUAUGCGCAGAACUACAGAGGCUGCAUGCAGCUGGAGCUGCUAAUGACGCUGCUGCUUUACUAUGCGCGUGGCUACUUUCAAUGCGAGUGCCUGGAUGCGCAGCGUCAGCCGGCAACAGCGCAGGAUAUACUGAACAACAGGCGCAUACAGCUGGAGAGCAUUGAGCUGCUGGCGUUAAUAUGCAGCGAGUUGAUUGAAAUAGUUAAGGGCAUGGGACGUGGACUGGCGUGCUAUAUAGCGGAUCUGCUGGCGCGCGUAAAGCUGCAGAAAGUAAUGCUGCACUGUCUCAACAGCUCCGUGUGCAACUAUGCGCGACUGUCUGGGUCAAGCGGCAGCUAUGCGGAGCAAGUGCUGGCGUUCAAUGAGCCUGCAGAUGAUCAGCUGCAUGCCGAUUGCUUUCAGCUGCAGCUGCUGCAAUUGCUGCUGUCGGUUAUACGCUUGGAGCAUGAGGUGCAGCAGCUGCGACAGGAUACGAGCAGCAGUCAAGCUGGUGCCGCUGCCAACAGCGAUGAGCAAGCUGGCAAUGCUUCACCCACGCGUCUAACUGCAGGCGCUGCUGCCAAUGUUAAGUACUUGCCCAAUUGCUUGAUGAGUCAGCAGCCCAUGUUUCUAGCUGCCGUCUUAGGAGCUCUACAGCAGCCGCAGCUGCGUCAUUUGCAUCGCAAUUGGACAGAUUUGGUUACCAGCUCACUCAACUGCUUUAGCUUUGGCAGUCUCACCAACAUUGUCAUCAGCGUAGUGCAUCAGCUUUGCAGCAAUUUGGAUCGUUUGGCUACGCUUGAUGCACAACAGCAGCGUCAAUUGCCACCGGACUAUGUGUUGAGCCAGCUGGAGGCGCUUACCAUACUCUGUCACUAUUGUUUGCUGGACAAUACGCAACAAACUGCGCUCUCCCAUUUAUUCAAUCAAGCUUAUCCGCAAACUAGCGUCGCUAGCCAAAGCAGCAGCACUGGACAGCUGCUCAACUCGAUUGUGCAUUCAUUUUUGAAUGCUAGUGAAAGCAAUGCCAGCGCUGCUGCUGCUGCGCCACGCAAUCCGCAGCUGCAGGCAGCACGCAAUGCUGUGCUCUCGCAUUUGCCGCGCAUCAUGUCCAGCGUUGCAGCCAUUUGGGACUCCUCGUUGGGUCAGCUGCGUGCUGUGCGUCAACAGCUGCUUGAGUUUCUGUCGCCUGUUUCACUGCAUCAUGGCUGCAACUUUUUGGCUGCCAUUGCUGUCACCUGGCAGCAGCGCAGCGUCAGCAACACUCAGUCCAGCUCCAUUGCUGCGCAGUUUCAACGCAACUCAACGCUGCAGGCGUGUGCAGCUCAGCUGAGUCUUGUGUCGCUUGUGUCCAGCAUACGCGUUAUGCCCAUGGACAGCUUUGUGCAGACGCUGCAUCAGGUGGUCAAGUCGCCGCCGCCCAUACAUCGGCCGCCCGCACAGCUGAGCAUUGAGGUUAGCGCGCUGGAACUUUUCUACUUCUAUUUGCGCUCUGCGCCAGCGCCGCAGCUGGCGGAUGCUUGGUCUGCGCUGCUGCUGCUCAUACGCGAUGGUUUGAACCUGUCGCCGCCUGCGCAGUUUGCGCUGCUUAUGCUGCUGCAUGAGUUUGUGCAGCGCUGUCCGCAAAUGCCGUUUCCGGAUAAGAAGGAGCUGCGUGAGCUGCAUGAUGUUACCGCUAGGCUGGUGGAGUCGCUUUCGGGCGUUGCUGGCGCUUGUCUGGAGCAAACCACUUGGCUGCGUCGCAAUUUGGCUGUUAAGGAGGACACCGAUGGACACACCAAGGACAACAGUCUGGGCGGCAGUCUGCAGCAAUAUUCACUGCAAGCACAAAGCGUGCUUGCUAGCAUUUUAUCCAAUCUGCUGGAUGUUGCCUACGGCUCGCAGGAGAAGGACAAAGUGGUCACUAUAGUCACCACGCUGCUGUACAACAUUACGCCGUAUUUAAAGAAUCACACCGCACGCAAUGUGCCCUUCUUCUAUGCCUGCUCCGCGCUGCUGGCCAGCCUCAGUGGCUAUCAGUAUACGCGCAAGGCUUGGCGCAAGGACAUGCUGGAUCUGCUGCUGGACAAUGCGUUCUUUCAAAUGCACAUCUCGUGCUUGCCCUUCUGGCGCCAGAUUAUGGACAGCCUCAUGACCUAUGACAAUACCACAUUCCGUGAGCUGAUGACACGCGUCUCGCUUUCCCAAGCGGGCAGCCUCAACAUAUUCGCAUCGCGCGAUCAGGAGUACGAGCUGCGGGCAAUGCUGCUCAAGCGUCUGGCCUUUGUCAUCUACUGCAGCGAGUUCGAUCAGCACAACAAGUAUAUGCCGGAUAUACAAGAGCAAUUGGCCAACAGCUUGAGACUGGUGCCCUUGGGUCCUUCAGUGCAGGCGGCUGUGUUCCUUUGCUUCCGCGUGCUGCUGCUGCGCAUGUCGCCGGAUCAUGUCACCUCGCUGUGGCCCAUUAUUAUAGCCGAGAUGGUGCAAGUAUUUCUGCAAAUGGAACAGGAGCUCAAGGCGGACCAAGAUGAACGCAGCCAACAGACGCGUCUGCUGCCCGGCAUAGAUGUUAGCUGGUCUUCGUCCAAUUCCAGCGCCAGCAAUGGCCUCAAUGCGCAGACGCCCAUGCAGCACUGGCGCUCGGUGCAGCUGGAGGCGUGCAAGCUGCUGGAGCUGGGCUGUGUGCUGCCGGCAACGAAGCUGCCGCACUUCCAAAUGUAUCGCUGGGCCUUUGUGGGCACCGAGUUCGAUGUGCAUGAGGAGGUGGUGCCGCUGCCGCUGCCCAAUGGCAGCGUAGACAAUCUGGCAGCGUUGCCCAAUGCGUUGUAUGUGCCGCAUGUGCGACGCGUGGCGCGUCUCAUGGACAUGAAGUACACCAAUCAGUCGCCGCUGCUGCAGCGUCCCAGCAAUCGUCACUUGAUGUUGAACUUUCAGCAGCUGCAAACGCUGCAGGAGCUUUACGCCUUCUUCUCCAUGCUGGGCACCAAUCGCCCCAAUCCGCGCAACUUUGCCGACACCGAGCUGACUGUGGCGCAGUGCCUGCAGGAGAUUGAGGAUGUGCUGGCACAAGACUUCCUGGAGAAGCUGCCCAGCAUUACAACGCCCAGAUGAAAACAGCUGGCAGCCAUGCGGCAGUAUUCAGCGCAUGUUAGCAGCAGCAACAGCAAUCGACGUGCGCUGACGCAAUUCGAGCUGCAACUGAAUCUGGACAAUGCGGCUGGCCAAACGGCACGCAUCUUUGCCGCCAUGCAGGCCAGACUCAGCCACAGCAGCAGCAGCAGCAACCAGAGCGCCGAGACCAGCUUCAGCAUGCUGCAGUCCAGCAAGAAGAGCAACUUUCCAUUUUAUGUUUAGUGUUUGGGCCCAAGCCUAGCUAGGAGCUUAGUUCAAAAAGUAAUUACCCCUAUAUAUUUGUAUGUAUGUAUAUGUAACCAAGACUAUGUGUAUUAACGUUUUAAAUGUUCAUCGCCACCCCCAACCCCAACCCCAACCCUCUCUCUUCCACAGUUUGUAUGUAAGUUCAAAAUAACACAAAACUAUGUUUAGCUUAUAGUAGCACCCUGUAUGUACGAUACGAUAUAUAUAUGUAUGAAUAAUGUAUAAUAUUUUCAACUGUUGAUAGCUGCGCUGAAGUAAAGAUGUUUAAUUAAAAAAAAAACACACACACACACAAAUACACAAUUUAGCGAUUCCAAAA